AUGUCUGGUUACGGUAACCGUGGUGGUGAUACAUAUGUUGAAAGUUGGUGUGAUCCACAAACAUCCGAAGGUUGGGGAGGAACACAAACAAACGAAGGAUGGGGUGUUUUACAACUGGAUGAAAUUGGAUCUCUUAAUGCUUGGGUAGAUAAUGAAGAAGAGGUAGCAACAACGCAAGGUUCUCAGAAAAGUGCAGGAAGAGCUUUUAUAACUAACGAUCAACAAAAACCAAAAUUCCAAAAUAACAUUCGAAAUCAGUACAAUAAGCUGAAAUCACAUGAUAAUUACCAAAAUCAUAAAACGGAAACUCAUGAAAUCAGAUCUAAAGUCUUAAACGCUAACCACAAUUAUAUUAAAGCAAAUCUUCAAAUUAUCACUCCAGAAACACAGGCGCAGGUGUUUGACAAAAGGUUAUUAUCUUCAACAUUACCACCAAUUGUUGAAGAAUUGGAAUAUUCUAAUACAUCAAGAUGGGAAGAUGAUGUUAAUUCUACAUCAUUUGACGAUACUGUUAAACCAAUCAUCGUUCAACUUUCCCAAACGCAAGUUUCAUCGCAAAUCUUGGAACCACCAAAAAACGAUUCACGAGUUAAUGAUGUAUCUAAGGUAGAAAAUAUGGAAAAAUGCAAAGAAGUUGACAAAAACUUCUAUAUGCAGUGCAUUGAACUUGUAGCUAAAAGAAUUAAAGCGCUGAAUAAACGAUUGGCAAGGAUCGAGAAAUCUGAAGAAUUUUUACGAGAAGAUCCUCAAAAUAAAUCUAAGCUUAACAAUGAUCAACUUCAAUCGAUCGAAAAGAAAGAACAAGUCAUUGGCGCAAUAAAAGAACUUGAAGAAAUUUAUAAAAAGAUAGUGAACAUUGAUAGUGAAGGAAAAAAGAAUAACAAAAAAUCAAGCUGA